CAAAAAUGGCGGACGUUGCUGGAAUUCCGCCGUCAAGCUGAUGUUGAAUGUGAUGAUGCCCAUCCCGCGCUAUACAGAUCGGAGUGUGUCCCGUGAGAGCUGCUAACCAGCUGUUGUGUUGGGCAGUUUGACUCUAUAGAGAAACACAGCUGGCUGCCGGGGAGCGUCCAAAAGAAACUGCACGGUACAACGGAUCGACUGCUGACUUCACUGAUGCUCAGAAUUGGACGGCUGCCGUGACUUCCACACCUAGGAUUUAAAAAGAUAGAAGCCUCUAUAUUGGGGGUUGCAGUGCAAAGAAGUAUGGAUUUGUUUGGGCUUCUGAAUUUGGACGAACUGUCCCAUGGUUUGGCGGGUCUGUCAAUGUUUCCGUAUUUUGACAUAGCGCACUAUAUCGUGUCGGUGAUGUCUCUGAGAGAACAGCCAGGCGUGCUGGAGGUGUCGAGGAGGAGCCCUCUGGCCUGCUGGUUCAGCUCCAUGCUGUUCUGCUUCGGAGGGGCCGUGCUGUCCGGCCUCAUGAUGGCCGAGCCGCUCAUCGCCCCCCUGAACAACUCCACCAACGUCCUGCUGGCCUCCCUCAUCUGGUACCUGGUGUUCUACUGCCCCCAUGACGUGAUGUACUCGGUGGCGGCGGUCGUGCCGCUGCGGAUGGUUCUGACCGCCAUGAAGGAAGUGACACGCACCUGGAAGGUGCUGGGCGGAGUCACCCAGGCACACAGCAAGUACCGAGAUAGCCUGCUGGUCAUGGUGGCUGUCGGCUGGGCCAAAGGUGCAGGCGGAGGCCUCAUCAGUAACUUUGAGCAGCUGGUCAGAGGGGUCUGGAAGCCAGAGACCAAUGAGCUCCUCAAGAUGUCCUACCCCACGAAGAUCACCCUGGUAGGAGCGGUGCUGUUCUCCCUCCAGCAGACCCAGUACCUCCCCCUCCAGAAGCACCACCUCAUGCUGCUCUACACCAUCUUCACCGUGGUCAACAAGACAAGGAUGAUGCUUACAGGCUCCUCCUCCUCGCCCUUUGCUCCGAUCGAGUCAGCCGUGUACCAGACCCUCUUUGCUGGCUCCUCCCCCUACUCCGCCCUCACCUCCGAGGCCACGCGCCCUGCUGGGCAGGCUCCAGUGGAUAACGGUGCGCAGGCCAAGACCCUGCCCAAGGAGGAGGGCCUGAACGGGGCAGCGAAGGCCGCGACCAAGCAGAAGGGCUCCCCCAGGACCAAAGACCCCCCCGAGACCAAGAAGACUGACUAGCGACCACAGGGGGGGCGGAGCUAACUAGCAUGAGCUAAGCUAGAGGGGUUUACAAUGCUGUUUACACUGUUCUUAAUGUAGUGUUUAUAGGGGGGUUGAAGUGCAUGUGACUUGAUUGGUGGCUGGUUGAUUAUUCUAUUUAUUUUUGCAUUUAUACUGUAGCACGAUCCUCUGUUUUAUUGUUCACUUGUUCUUUUGGCUGGAUCCAGCACUUUCAGGCACCUCAGAAGAUCUUUAUUUAGUUCACUCAGUAAUAUCAAACCAAUGGAUGGUCCCCCAGUGUGUAAGACAAGUGAAAUGUGGCCCAAAUACUGUGUUCCUUGACUGCUGGUUAUUUUCAUUGACCCUGGGACAGGCCUUCUAUGCUGUUAUCCACUGUGAGACUGGGGGAAUUCUCCCUGUAACUGGGCUGGUCUGAUCCACACAUGCACACGCACUUGCACACAUGCAUGUAGCUAUUUUCAGUCUUUGAUUAUUUAUAAUGAGUGGAUUUUAUGGAGCUGCUUUCCUGCAAGAUGAUCAUCUUUUUUCCUAACCCGGUGUUGAUUGGAUCUUUCUAUCUGUAGGGUUUGGUUGGAUGGGAGACCUGCUGAUCUGGGAAUGUUGUGGACCUAUGUGUGUCCUACUGUGCUCUGAAAUUGAGAAUAUUUUUAAAAGAGAGAAAAAUACUGUCAAUAAUAUAUUACAUUUAUGUACUCAGAGGAUUUAUUCUAUUUAUAUACUCAAGGUAACGGCACUUGUGAAUGUAAGAAACUUACAAAGGGAUGCUUUUUACUGUGUUCUGUUUCCUUGGUGGAUGCUUUUACAAUACUGUUGAAAAUCACAGGAGUAAAAUUUUUCACAUGCACUUUA